CUUUCUUUGAAUUUCGAGAUGUUUUCUAAGACGGAUCUCGUACCUCUGCUACUCAGGAUUCUCUUACCUUCCACCAAGAUGUCGUUAACAGCAGUAGUAUCGUCUACGCAUUUUCUUGAAGUAAGCCUCGACUUAGCGGACUGACAUCUUUCUUGGCCAAGUGAGCAAAAUCGCUUAGUUUGAAACGCCUCACCUUCAUCUAUCGUAGUCAAACUUUCGCAGUGGUUUUCACGUUUUGUUGGCUUGCUGAUUACGAUUUGUGGAUUAAGUGCUACAAUGUUUGUGAAAUGAAUCUCUUUGCCUUUGGUUUCGCCAUUUUCACACCACUCCACUUUGACGGACUGCGAUUCGUAUUCUACCGAUGACACUAUGGCUUGGUGUAAUCUACCGUCGCUUCUUUUUAUAGUGAUGCUAAUUCCUAAGCCCAGUUGGUUCAUGAUAAUUAUUCCUUUUCGCAAAAUAUAUAUAUAGUUUUGACACCUGUCAUGAUCUUGACAAAUAAAAAUGGUCUUGGGAUGCAAGAUGUGUAGUCGAUUACAGUUUUGCACCGACUUAUAGUCCGGUAGAGAGAAGCGAAUUUUUUGAAGGGGUUUUGAAUUGAGAGCAGAUUUUGGUGAAAUUUUGACGAUUCAGAGACUCCUGAGUCUUGACAAUUUUUUUGGCAGUUGGGGUUGGGUGUGGUUGUAUCUCAAUUUUUUGCGGUUCGUAAUAUAUUUAUGCGAUUCUAACUCACGGUAAUUCUACUCAUCUAUCAGACAUAUCUCACGCAUGUUCCCCUAUAUUUAUCUUUGAGGCUUAGAACGAAACAAUGAAAAGAGAAGAUAACUUUGUCGCAAAGGAGACAGGGUAUAUUGACAAAUUGGCAAGAAGAACAUUUUUCUAUAUUAACUACUCUGAAUAUUUUUGAAGAGCAGGAAGUAGCAAAUUUUCUCAGGGGGAGCCAAGUCUUAAAAUCAGCACACAAAAUUUUGCCGAAUAUUCAAAUUUUUUAAUUUACCUUGAAUCGUGGAGGAGGGAGGCAGAGCUUGGGGGUUAUUGGCUUAUUUGACUGACUUGUUUCACUGAAUUUUUCUGUUAUACGUUUUCCUAAGAGGGGUAACUAUGCCGAAACAUAAUAUUUUAUGAAGUGAUAACAGUGUUGCUUGGGAGGUGUAGAGUCAACCUACUUGAAGUCAUUUUACUUCUCACGCUUACUAGCGAUGAAGUAUUGUAAUGACAAAAAAAUUCGAAAAUGAGAUAUUAUGUUUCUUAGGUGUUAUAUGACAUACACAAAAACCAUGUCACUCAAUUCCGUCGGUUUGUCUGUCUGUCCGCUAUCCUUGGAUCGUCCAUAACUUGGACUGGUCAGAUUUUGAUGAAAUUUUCACAAAAGGUUACUACUAUGCCAAGAAUCGAAAGGCUUUAUAGUUUUUAGUUAUAAUGGGUCCAGUGGCACGAAAAAUGGCAAAAAUUAAAAAAACAAAAAUCACUCAAGCUUCGUUUUUUGUCGUUAAAGAGGAUCCUGAUCAAUUUUGAAAAUAUUUUUAGGGGUAAAAAUAAUUGGGGAAGGGGGUUAUAGGGUUUAUACGCUCCCAACCUUGGUAGUUCUACACACCUAUUAGACAUAUUUCACACAUCAUAGGUUUACCCGUAGAUUUUCCCCUAAAAGCAGAAUGAUAGAGAAAUGCUUUUGAUACGCGUCACAGCUUUUGCUGUCUGGGAUUACCGGCGAGCGUACUGCAGGAGUACGUAACUUGAAAAGUGACAUUAUGUCGUUUUUUACACACUAUAUAGAUUUUUUUGUGGCAUUAUGUAGGUUUUUCAACAAGACGUCAACAUUCAACUAGAUGUCGUUCACUUGGAGCAACCGCGGAAUGAACUAUUUGUACACUUAGUCAAUAAGUUGACAUUCUAUCGUUUUUUUAUGACAUAUAGGUUUUUACGUAAUAACCCUGUGGUUCUUGGCAAGUGUUCUGGCCUUCUGGCGUUCUAACGCGUUGAGCCGUCAGGUUUAGGGUAACGCGACGUGGCCAGAUCGACUACCGGUAGGACAGGGAAAUAAUAUCUAUGGACUAAAUGUGUGGGCCUUUUUGACUCAUUUGAUCCGUUUAAUUUUCUAGUUAUAGAUGUUCGUAACUAAAUUUUUCUCAGAGAGUCUAACUUGUACUGAACACAAUCGUUUCUUUGUGAACCGAUGACGGCGCGGCGUUGCGAGGGAAGUGCAGAGUCAACUUACUUGACGGUAUUUUUGCUAUCGACAACAUGGUUGCUACACUGCGUAUUCUGAAAAACGGUGCUAUAUUCUUGGGAGACCAAGCAAAUAUAUCUACUUGACGAUUUUUUCGCUUAAUAGGUAAACUCGCUAAACGAUGAAGUGAUGUCCGAACUGGACAGACUUCUACCCCAGAUCGAGUCUAGCCCCCAGAUCCAAGCUUGCGUGAUGAUCUCCGCUAAGCCAGGUUGCUUCAUUGCUGGCGCUGACAUUAGCAUGCUCGAACAAUGUAAGACAGUGGAACAGGCUACGCAGAAGUCAAAGAUAGGCCAGAGGGUCCUGCAGAAGAUAGAAGACAGCAAGAAGCCUUUCGUAGCCGCCAUUGCCGGAAGUUGCUUAGGAGGGGGGAUGGAAGCUGUGUUGGCCGCACAUUACAGGAUAGCUGUCAAAGAUAAGAAGACCAAUUUGGGUUUGCCAGAGGUUAUGUUGGGAUUGCUACCAGGUAAAACAUCCUUUAAGGAUGUAUCACUGUAUACAUUCCUUCCUAGUUCUCAUAAAUUAACGUCACGUAUUUCUGAAUGUCUGUCCUAUUCUUACCCUCUUGCGGCUAAGCCUGUCACAUCCAUUGUGACCUCAGCCUUACGUGGGAAGUUAACGUUCUUCCAAAAUAUUUGGUCUAAAAAAAUCUGUACGGUUUUAUGGCUUACAUGGAACACUUAGGAGCAAUUUCAUAUCGAAUAAAAAAGUUACAACCUCAAAAACUUUCUUCUACUAUUUAUUGUUUUUUAGGUGCUGGAGGUACCCAAAGACUCCCAAGAUUAACAUCUAUCCCCACAGCUCUGGAUCACAUACUCACUGGCAAAACCAUGAGAGCAGACAAAGCUAAGAAGUUGAACGUCGUAGAUCUUUUGGUCGACCCAUUGGGCCCGGGAAUGGAUCCUGACCCAGAUGUUAACACCAGGAGGUAUCUUGAAGAGGUCGCAGUACUGAUAGCAAAAGAACUAGCUUCUGGUAAGCUGAAACCUAACAGGCAGAAGAGUCUACAGGAUAAGGUGUUAGCAUAUGCUUUGCAAUAUAACUGGGUGAAAGACAAAAUUUUCGGCAAGGCAAAAGAGCAAGUAAUGAAAAUGUCUGGUGGACUGUAUCCUGCACCAUUGAGGAUUUUGGACGUGAUCCGUAAAAGCGUGGAUCAUGGAGAACAGGUCGGACUCGAAGAAGAAUCUAAAGCUUUUGGUGAACUUUCUCAAACACCUCAGUCCAAAGGUCUCAUAGGAUUGUUCCGAGGACAGACUCAGUGCAAGAAGAACCGAUUUGGCAAGCCAAAAACCAAUGUGAAGUCAGUUGCCGUUCUCGGAGCUGGUCUUAUGGGAGCGGGUAUUGCUCACGUUUCAGUUGAUAAGGGAUAUCAAGUAAUUUUGAAAGAUAUGAAUGAGGCAGGUUUAGCUCGAGGUGUAAAUCAAAUUCAGACUGGACUAGAUGGUGCUGUUAAAAGGAAGAAGCUUACAGGACUGGAAAGGGAUAGAUUUAUGUCGAAUCUAAAUGCCACCCUCAACUAUGAUCAUUUGAAGAGAGCAGAUAUCGUGAUAGAAGCUGUAUUUGAAGACCUAAACAUCAAGCACAGAGUUCUCAAAGAGACAGAAGCUGCUACCCCUCCACACUGCGUGUUUGCAUCAAACACCAGCGCUAUUCCUAUAAGCAAAAUCGCAGCUGCUUCUAAGAGACCAGAAAACGUCAUUGGUAUGCAUUACUUCUCUCCAGUAGACAAGAUGCAACUUUUGGAAAUCAUCACCACGGACAAAACAAGCAAGGAAACCACAGCAAUGGCAGUUGACGUUGGCUUAAAACAAGGCAAGGUAGUGAUAACUGUUGGAGACGGUCCAGGUUUCUACACCACCCGCAUCCUGUCCGCCAUGAUGGCCGAGUCAGUCCGGCUUCUACAAGAAGGAGUUGACCCCAAAGAACUGGAUUCACUGUCUAAGAAGUUUGGAUUCCCUGUAGGUGCUGCCACUUUAGCUGACGAAGUAGGAAUCGACGUUGCUGCCCAUAUCGGACCCAAUUUAGCUCAGGCGUUUGGUGAAAGGUUCAGCGGCGGGGAUUUGGGUGUGAUGCGCGACAUGGUCACAGAGGGCUUUCUUGGCAGGAAAGCUGGUAAAGGCAUUUACAUGUAUGAAAAGGGCAAGAAGAGUCGUGAAAUUAACCCAGGAGCACUUGACGUCAUCAAGCGGUAUCCUCUUGCUCCAAGGGGGAGCUUCGAGGCUGAGGAUAAGACUAUGAGGAUGGUAUCAAGAUUCGUAAACGAAGCCAUUCUGUGCCUUGAAGAAAAAAUCCUGGACAGUCCCCUAGAAGGUGACGUCGGCGCAGUAUUCGGCCUGGGUUUCCCGCCAUUCACAGGCGGCCCCUUCCGUUGGGUCGACCAAUACGGGGCCACCAAACUAGUUUCCAAGCUGGAACAGUACCAAUCAGCUUAUGGUUUGCCGUUCAAACCAGCCCAAACUCUUUUGGAUAUGGCCAAAGAUUCUAGCAAGAAGUUCUACCCGAGCUAAGAAGAUACAAGAUCAGACGAAGUCUGGAAGAUUCGUUGCGAAAUGUUCGAUUUGACUUCUAGUUGGACUGUCUCAGUGCUCAGUGCCUGGGUCUUCUUGCACCGAUCGUACUAUUUUAGAUUUAUUAUUUUAUUGGAUACUUUUGUACUACUUAUCGUUAUACCUGCGAUACAUUUAUAUUACCUAUGUUAUUUUUUGUGUAUAUAAAAAUAAAUUAUAUUUCUCAUUUAA